AUGCCAAGCCCGGCGCCAGAUGUGCCAGAGCAGGAUGGCGAGGGCCGCCCUUCGCUGCAGCAGUCGUCUGAUGGCGCCGAGGACGACGAGGACGUCUAUGGCGACCAAGAUGACGCGCAGUCCUUCAUCCAGCCGGCCAUGAGCCCCGUUGCAACGCGGCUUACAUCGCCCAGGACUCCCGCUGUCGAGAGGGCAGCAGCUAUGGACGACCUGCUCCCCGAGCGCGGACCGUUUGAAGCCCCGGGAGAUGGCGAGGCAGGCGGGUUUCACAUAAUAGACGAAGCCUCGCUCAAGAAUGGAACCACUGACUCGAGCCCCCUGAGCACCGCGAGUGAGCCCUUCGCCCCUCCUAGGCGCAGGACGACGGUGGGAACCUAUCCGGUGCACCAGCCCCAGGGGAGCUCUAUGCCAAUGCCAUGGCAGGCUGGACCGAAGACCUUUCUCAUUGACGAGCCGGCAAAUUCCAAGCCGGCGUCAUCCAUGUCGAACGUGUUUGGUGGUCCGUCGAGGGUCCAACGCUCCGCUUCAGCCGGUGAGAAUGCCCUGAAGAGGUUGUCCAAGGCCCUGCCGUCCAUCUCGAUCCCCACCGGCCUGAUCCCGAGCAUCCCCACGCCGUCUUUCUUUUCGUCGAGCUCGUCUCAGAAGGACGAGCCGGCAGCGCAGCCUCAAAAAUCAUCUCCGCAACUCAUGUCGGACCGCAUUGCGGCCAGAUGGGAAACGACUUGGGGAUACAUCAGUUCCGGCUACACAACCCCCAAUCCGUCUUCGCCGAAUCCCGGGACACCGCUGACCCCCGCCCCGUCGGCGAAAACCCCUGCCCUAAGGAAAUCAACGUCUGACGACUCUCUCCUAUAUCAGUCCCUUUCCCGUGUUUCGUCGUUUGGUGACGACAAUCGCUUCGUCAACGUUCGUGAGCAAGUCAAUUCGAGAAUCAAGGCCAUCAGGGACAGCUGGGAUGGCCCGUCAUUCAGGUUGCCCCAGUUUCAGAAUCUCCUGACUACGCCGCUGAAGAAGGCGGCCACAUCGUCGGCUGCCGAGCCGUCCCUAAAUUCAUCACGGUCCGGUUCCGUGCCGAAUGGCCCGCGUGCGCGCCGGGAUGACCUGCCCCCCCUAGAUUCCAUACUGGAAUCCUUGACCGGAGACGUUGUGGUCAUGGGAGGGUACAGGGGCUCGGUACUGCGAUCCUCGCAGCCCCCUUGCCGGCAGCUGUGGGUUCCCGUCAAGGUUGGACUCAAAAUCCGCAAGGUAAAUAUGGAAGUCGGACUCGACCCGGAAGAUGAAGAGACGAUGGAGCAGCAUAUUUUUCCCUCGGGGAUGCUGCAGAAUAUCGGCCCCGUGGACAUCUCGAAGCGCCUGUUCAAAAAGUUGAGAGAAUGCGAGAAUGCUCGCCAAGGUAAGCUGCGAGUGCACGAUUACGGUUACGACUGGCGGCUCAGCCCUCAUCUGCUCUCGCGUAAGCUAAACGAAUACCUCGAAAAACUGCCCUCGAACCAGCCAGGUACGCCAGCAGCACAGAGAGGCGCGCUGGUCAUCGCGCACAGUCUUGGCGGGUUGAUCACUCGCCACGCUGUAAAUCAGCGACCCGGGCUCUUUUCGGGCGUCGUGUAUGCAGGGGUACCGCAGAGAUGCAUCAACAUUCUCGGCCCGCUGAGAAACGGCGACGCCGUGCUCCUGAACGAGAAGGUGCUCACCGCGCAGGUGAAUUUCUCCUUACGGACCACGUUUAUCUUCCUGCCCGAAGACGGUUUCUGUUUCAUCGAUAAGGUGACAAAGGAGGAAUAUCCGAUCGAUUUCUACAACGCCGACGACUGGGUCAAAUACCGCCUCUCACCUUGCGUGUCGGAGCCGGCUCUGCCACCUUUGUCGCGGACCAGCACUUUCGGUUCCCUGCUGAAUUUGACCGAGUCACUGCCCAGCUUGCCUCUCCGGAGUCGGAGUAACAGCCAGCAGAAGAAAGCGCCUCUCGACGCAGCAGCUCACCAACACCGAAUGCCGGAGGCUAUCGGGAGAGAAGGGCACUUUACAUCGCCCUUGGUAGGGGGCGUAUCGUCGGCCGGCGGCAUUUCGUCCUUGUCUUCGACAGGAGCCUCCUCAACUCCCGCUAGCGCCGCCGUCAGCGCGGCCAUUCCCGGAGGCCCGGGCACAGCCGCCCAAGCGCGGUAUAUGCAGUACCUCAAAAGGACGCUUGCCGAGAUCAAGAGAUUCCGUUCCGAGCUGGCGCAUAACACGGAGCACCAAGACGCGAACGCGUACCCGCCGCUAGCGGUGAUCUACACCAAGGACAUCCCGACGGUGCAUGCGGCGCGGGUGGCCGGGCGCGAGGGCAUCGCCUGCGCGGACGCGUACGAUGAUCUGGUGUUUCGCAGCGGCGACGGCGUGGUGCUAGCGCGCGAGGCGAUGCUGCCGCCCGGGUACGAGUUGGCAAAGGAUGGCAGGAUCUGCUCGGACAGAGGACACAUCAGUCUGCUCGGGGACAUGUCUGCGGUGGGGAGGGCGCUGGAGGCGGUGGUGAGGGGGCGGAGGAAGGGAAUCGGGAUGGGCGCGGAGAGCGCGGCGGGAGGGAAGAGGACAUGGGCUGCUUGA